AUGCACUGGUGGACGAUCGCAACUUUGUCAUUAACAAUUGCCGGUACUAUGACUCUAUUUGGAUAUACCACUUACCUACUGUUUCAUCAAAUUGAUGAAGAAAAUCAUGAUGAAUGGGAAGAAGGUUAUCUGCCCAAUUAUCCGAAAAUCCCUUGGCACCUGGACGGAGCAAAACUAACGUAA